GGUCAUUGAUUCCCCUGUUUCUGUAAAACCAAAAACUCCUUAAAAAAAGAUAUCCCAAAAUCAAACUCACUCUGAUUCACCAUUAUUGUUAUACUUAUACACAAUCAAUACACAGUCACACACAAACACACAUGCACAAAUCAAUCAGUAAAUCAACAAGCCUAUAUAUAUCCAACAAUAUGAAAUCCCAAAUCUUACCCAUUUCAAUUUCAAACCCCUUUAUCCAAACUCAACCAUCUUCAUCGUCAUCAUCAAUUAUGCCCAUGUCUUCUUCUUCAGCUGCAGCUGGGUCACUUAUAUUGGAUUAUGAUUAUGGUAAUGAUAAUUCAGUUAGUUCUUCUAUUGAAGAUGGUAAAAAGAUUGAAAAGAAACCAUUUUUGACCAGGGUUUCAAGUUAUGAAAGUACCCGAGUGCCAACAAGUUCGGUUUUUUACCCGAUAGGGCGAAGGAGAGUCGUUAGUGAUCCGAGUUUAUCCGAUUUACGUGGUGGGAGAAGGCGUUUUUUUUGGAGUAGUUCGAACCGGGCUGAUGGGGAGAAGUUCUUGAUCACUAGAGUUGGGUCUAAAAUGUUGGGAUUUAUGGGGUCAGGCUUUAAGUUUUUCACUGGAUUUGUUUCUCUACAAAUUUAUGCUAUCCUAAUUAUGCCAGGUGUACUUCAAGUUGCUUAUUACUAUUAUUUCUCAAGAAAUGUACGUCGGGAUGUUGUCUUUGGGGACCAACCAAGGAAUAAACUUGAUAUUUAUUUACCUGAAAACGUUGGGGAAAAUGAUGGUCCGAGGCCUGUCAUCGCUUUCAUUACUGGAGGAGCCUGGGUAAUUGGGUAUAAAGCUUGGGGUUCUCUAUUAGGUCGCCACUUAUCAGGUACAGAUGUCAUAGUGGCAUGCAUAGACUACAGAAAUUAUCCGAAGGCUACUAUCAGUGAGAUGGUUCAGGAUGCUUCACGAGGAAUCUCAUUUGUAUGCAAUAAUAUCUCUGAAUAUGGUGGUGAUCCUAACAGGAUUUAUUUGAUGGGACAGUCAGCUGGUGCACACAUAGCUGCGUGUGCCCUCUUGGAGCAGGCAAGUAGAGAGUCUGAUCCGACACAAACUACUACAUGGAGCGUCUCUCAGAUAAAAGCUUAUUUUGGCUUAUCAGGAGGAUAUAACUUGUUUAAAUUAGCAGAUCAUUUGACUACGAGAGGCCCAUACAAGUCACUUUUGGUUAGAUUAAUGGGUGGAGAGGAAUCUUUGAGUAAAUAUUCUCCAGAAAUUAUUGUGCAAGACCCAUUAUAUAAGAAGGCACUGUCUCUCUUACCUCCAGUUAUCCUUUUUCAUGGGACUGCAGAUUAUUCCAUCCCAUCAGAUAACAGCAAAACAUUUGUGGAAACUCUCCAAAGAGUGGGAGCAAAAGCAGAGCUCUUGUUAUAUGAGGGGAAAACUCACACCGAUGUGUUUGUUCAGGAUCCAAUGAGAGGUGAUGAUAAGCUAUUUGACGAUUUAGUUGCACUCAUUCAUGCUGGAGAUGAAAAAGCUCUUGCCAAACAAGCAAGAGCACCUCCAAGACGACGCCUUGUACCUGAGUUUAUGCUAAAGUUAGCUAGAAAAGUCAGCCCGUUUUAACUACCUCUAGACAGUAUCACAUUCUUUAAACUCGUGAAACCUAUGAAUCUAUGCCGAGUCCAUCAGUAUAUAUAUAUAUAUAUAUAUAUAUAAUAUAUAUAUAUAUAAUGGCAAUUCCAAUCAAAUAGUUAUAUUACCCAAGAAGCAAUUUGAUCUAUGUUACAACUUACAGCACUAUGCCAGCUAAAGACACGCAUGAUCUUAAGUUCUUAACCUUCGAAACAUGCAACACUAUGCACCUAGACAAAGUGAGUUAUUUUACGUUCUGUUGCUGUAUUAACAUCCUCCACAAGCAUCGCCUGCAUUUCCCUUGCUGAAAAGAUCAAUAGUUGGUGGGGUGAACUCGUAUUCUUUGAUGCCCGGGGUGUGUAAGAAGGGGUUUGGCCUUGGAGAAUUAGAUAGGUGAUCUACUUAUAUUUGAGAAACUAUGUUAACCCAUAGGUCCCUUGAGCGUAAAAGGUUAUGUGUAAUGUAUAUAUGUAUGUUUAAACUUGAUGAUAAGAUGAGUGUGAAGAAGGAAAUCAAGAUUAAAUAGAUCAUGCAUAGUUUCUUUCCCAUCAA